AAGGUUUGCGGGAGUUUAAUCGGCAUUGCCCGGGAAGGAGGCAGCCGCUCACACCGUUUGCACCACGCCGCCCACCUGCGAGCUCAACAUGUGUCGGGGUUUAUCUGGACUUCCCGCCAGCUGCUUGGAAAGAGCCAAGGAGUUCAAAACCCGUUUAGGGAUCCUGCUUCAUAAACCGGAACUGGGACAUAAGGUUGGGAAUUGGAGCCACAGCACGAAACAGAGAUAUGCCUUGGAAGAAGUGCUUGGAUGGAAGGAAUCUUUUGAACAUUUAUUGAAAAGUAAAAAUGGGAUGGCAGCAUUCCAAGGCUUCCUUAAAACAGAAUUUAGCGAAGAAAAUCUGGAGUUUUGGCUAGCCUGUGAGGAGUACAAGAAAACCCGCUCAAAAACAAAACUGGUUUCAAGAGCCAAUAGGAUCUUUGAGGAAUAUGUUCAGAAUGAGGCCCCCAGAGAGGUAAAUCUUGACCAUGAAACCAGAGAGGCAACCAGAAAGAACCUCACAGUUGUCAAUCCCGCUUGCUUCGAGGAAGCCCAAGCCAAAACCUACACCUUGAUGGAGAAGGACUCCUAUCCCCGAUUUUUAAAAUCUGCCUACUAUCGAGACCUGGUAGAACAAGCAACGAGCCACAGAACGGGCAAGCCCACCCACACUUGAGUCAGCCUGUUGUCACUGCAAGAAACUGUGUUGAGGGAACAGAGACCUAGAAUGGAAAAGAAGAGGCAGGAGCCCAAGAGGGGAGGUGCUAAGAGCUUUUGAGCAGCGGAGUUUUGGCUGGGCUUUUAUCCUUGCCAGAAUGCCCGAUGGCUCAAAUGCUUCCAUAUGCCCAGAAGUUCAUAUGAAGAAAAGGGAAGACCCUCCUUAUGUGAUAAGAAACCAGGAGUUUGUGUUUGAAAAACACUCUGGAGAAAAUUGUGCAAGGAGGAACUUGCUGUUCAGGGAAGAGAAGGAAAACUGAGGCGGAAGUGGGAAUCGAGUGACAAGUAACUGGGAAGGUUGAAGUCCUCUCUUAAAACUGUCCGCCACUUGCUGAUGACCAUUAUGUGUCCGUGCAUCCAUUUACAUGCACCAGCAAAAAGCUGCUGUCUGCUCUUAGAAGCCUUCCUCUGCCUUGCUGAUAAAUACAGACAGCAGCCUGUAUAUAACGCUGCACAAGAGCUUUCAAAUCCCCACCCUGCCCAGACAGCUCCAGAAACCUCAGCCCUCUGCAUGAAGGUGCACCAACCUGUCUCAAAUAUGGAUUGCAAGGCUUAGUAUCCCUAGCUGUUGUAGACAUUGCUUUGCAUUUGUACUCAGAUAAAUUCUGCCUCUGCUUAGUUCCAGCUGCAUCCAUAGAUCUUGUCCUCUGCCCCGUGCAUGAAAGUGGGCAAAAGCUUCCUUCCACGAAUGUCUGCAGAAGGUGCGUUUUUGAUCUGCAGAAGGUGCAUAUAAUUUUUGUAUAUAUAGUGCCUCUUAUGAACUUUACAUGCGAUCAUAACUUUACAUGUUACCCCCACACACAUUUUUAAAUUAAUUGUUUAUUUAUUUAUUUAU